AUGGAAAGGGUUGUCAUGGAAGGUGAUGUAAUGCUGGGAGGCCUUGUCAGGAUAAGAAGCCUACAAGAAGGCAAGCAUUGUUCUGGUAAGAUAAAAUAUGGCGGAAACGGGAACGUGCAAAUUGCAGAGUCCAUGCAAUACGCUAUCAAAGCUAUUAACUCAGAUAAUGAUAUUCUCCCAAAUGUCACACUAGGAUGCAUCAUCGUCGACCAAUGCGCGUUGCUGACAACCAAUGUUCUUAGCGUAUUGAAUUUCUUACCUUUGGACAAAGAAGUAAGAGGAAUCCCAGAAAUUCAAAAUCUGACAUCGAGUUUCUAUGACAUUGCUGGGGUUGUUGAGUUCGCCACGAGCACAAAUGCUAUCACCACAGCAACCAUGUUCAGCCCAUUCCAGAUACCACAGAUUGAUACCAUAGCAACUACAGACGAGCUCAGUGACACUGGCAAGUAUCCUUUCUUGUUUAGAGUUGUUCCACCUGAUAGAUAUCAAGUAAAGGCUAUGGUUGAUUUACUGAUGUAUUACAACUGGACAUACAUCUCUGUGUUAUACUGGGAGGGCAAUUACGGCAAUACUGCCUUCAAAACAUUACGUCAAAAGACCAAAGAACGGGGCAUAUGCAUUGGGUAUUCUGAAAUGGUUGCCUCUGAUACAUCACAUGAUGAAUGGGAAGACAUCGUUGAAAGACUAAUUAAAACAAAGGCGAGAAUUGUGGUACUUUUCACAUACACUAGAGGAAUUAGAAAAUUGUUUCCAUUGGUAGAAGCCAAAAACAAAACCGGUGAAUUCAUUUGGCUUGGCGCUGAUGCAUUUGACACUCGAACUGACACAUCUAGCCUUAGGCCAUUUCGUGUUGGUUCGUUUUCUUUCAACCUCCCUCAGUACCAUGAUAGACAAUUCGAGAAGUUUUACAGAAGUAGAAACCCAUGGAAUAGUGGUGAUGAUAACCCAUGGUUUCCAGAUUUGUGGGAAAACUUAUUUAACUGCCAAUGGGAAGAUGAAGGAAAAAAUGAUUCGUGCACAAACUAUAAGGACAUAUCAUAUGCCACGGACCACCCUCUUAAUAUGAAAACAUCAAUGGUAAUUGAAGCAGUUCACACAUUGGCGCAUGCGCUUGACGCCAUGAUGAAGGAGGAGUGCCCAAAUGCAACAGGGGAUCACUUAAGACAAUGUGUAUAUAGAGGCAAACUUCUUAGUGACUAUAUCAGAAAUCUGGAUUUUGAAGGUCCAUACAGACAGUUAAGAUUUGAUGAAUUUGGUGACAUCAUUGGUAGUUAUGUAAUUAAGCAAUACGUAGAGGACAAUGAUGGUGUCUUUGAAACAAGAGAUGUUGGUAUUUGGGACCAAAAGACAAACAGAUUGACAAUGAACAUGCCACGAAUUCAGUUUCAUGAAAGGCUGACACAAACGGACACCAAAGCACUAGUAGCAAGGACCCAAACUGUUAGUGAUAAUUUGACCAAUGAAACGAGACAAGAAGCCAUGAUACCGGAUUCCGUUUGUAGCUAUCCAUGUUUGCCUGGUGAAUUCUACGUACAGCUUGAGUUGAAAUGCUGCUGGGAAUGUCGAUCGUGUAGAAACAAUGAGAUAGUUGUUCGAGAAUCAACUUCAUGUGAGGCAUGUCCUCUUUACACAUGGCCAGAGCAGACCAAUUUCACCACCUGCAUUAACAUCCCAAAUGAGGUUAUAAACUACCUGGACCCUAUCGUCAUAACAAUCUUGACUAUUGCUGGGAUGGGAAUAGCAUUUUGUGUUUGGAUCGCAGCAGUAUAUGCUCACCAUCGCGACAAGAAAUUGAUAAAGGCUUCAAACACUGAGAUAUCGGCUUUGAUAAUGUUUGGGACAAUUACAAUGUACAUAACUGCCUUUAGUUACUGUAUAGAGCCAUCGGAGUUGACUUGCUAUUGGAGAAGACUUGGGUUCAGUCUUAGUUUUGCCCUCAUGUACAGUCCCCUAUUUUCCAAAGGAAUGAGGAUUUACAGGAUAUUUCGGGCAGCAGAGAAAUUUAAACGUGGAACAUCGAGAUUGUCGAGUACAACUGCAAUGAUGAUGCUUUCAGUCAUACUGGUAAUGGUACAGGUGGCACUGUCUGCAGUGGUUGCCUGGCUAUCACCCCCUACAAUGGAACAAAGAAUGCCAAUACCUACAGAGAAGUUCGUGGAAUCAUCAUGCAGUCUGCCUCUUUGGACAUUGGUGGCCCCUCUUGGUUACAAUCUCCUUUUAAUUAUCAUCACUGCCUUCUAUGGAUUUCAGACACGUCGUCUACCUGAUAACUUCAAUGAAUCCCUUCAUAUAUUUCUUUGUGUCUGUGCUACAUUGUUUCUGUGGUUAGCAUUCAUUCCGACGUAUUUCACUGCUAUGUAUGUUUACCAUCAGAACCUGUUGUUUUCACUUGUGCUUUUAUUGAAUGCAACUGUUGCGUUGAUGUGCUUGUUCCUGCCUAGAGUUUACGCAUUGUACUUCAUUAACGAAUCAGAUAUCAAGUUUUCUUCAUCCACCACAUUUAGUUUUCGCGGGGAGAGCUCGGGCGCAACAUCAACGUCAAAUUCAACAAAUACCUCUAGUACUAGUCUGAACAAAAGCACAGAGAUCACUUUCGAAAGUAAUCCAAUGGAUAAGAAAGUUGUUAAGUCGAUCCCCAGUGUAGCUGAAAAAGUAUGAAUACGGUACCCAAUUAUGAUUGACGGCUUCAACGGGCGAACAUUCUGUAGCAAUAAUUCUUGAAUCUAGCAAAUAAGUGUGCUUUUGUGUGUUUUAUGAACACAACUGACGUUUCAUAAAUCAUAGUUACUGAAAUUACAAUCAAAAAUCUGUUCAAUUCAUCAGAUGAAAGUAAAGAAAACCCCUGUCUUGAGAACGCGUCUCUAACACCCCAGUCACAUUUCCCACGGCCGCCGUGCGGUCUAUCAUUUCUGCGGCCAGUGGCUUUUCUACGCUCGCCGUAGAAUUUCUGUGCUCUCAUAGUUUUGCAGUCACAUUUCCCACGGCAGCCGCACGAUGAAUUUUAAAUUUCUGUUGAUAAAUAAUACUUUUUUCAUUUUAUUUACAUCAGGACAAUUUAUAAAUGUUAU